AUGUGCAACUUGGACGAAUACGGCGUUCCUCAUUGUAGUUGUUACGGCAGUCGCGUUUUAUCAGCGGAUAACAUGACAUGUUUUGACAGCGACGCGAAUUGCGACAAAAAUGAGCAUUUCGAGUGCUUUAAUGGUCACUGCAUUCCUUACGAAUUCACGUGUGAUGGCGUCAAGGAGUGCCAGGGCGGCGAAGACGAAAACCUGGCUUAUUGCGCGACCAGAAGGUGCCGCAGCGGUUUUUUCAGGUGUAAGAACGGCAUGUGUAUCAAGGCAACCAAAAUGUGUGAUGGAAAGAACGACUGUGGUGAUUUUUCGGACGAGACUUCUGGUUGUGCUCCUCGCAACUGCAGCGCGUUCAGUAUAUUUGGAAGGCCGAUGAUAAACUGCAAUUUCACCUCUCAGUGCAUCUCCCCUAGUUGGAUAUGCGACGGUAGCAACGACUGUUGGGACAAUUCUGAUGAAUAUCACUGUCCAGUCGCUGAAAAUGUGCGUCGUACCUGUGGCUCACAUAUGUUCACUUGUCUUUCUUCUUUCAAGUGCAUUCCGCUCAACUGGAAAUGCGAUGGAGACAAAGACUGCUCAGAUGGUUCUGAUGAAGUCGGUUGCAAGCACGCCUGCGACGCCGCGCAUGAAUUCACGUGUCAUGACAAAAUAUGCAUACCCAGUAGUUGGCGUUGUGACGGGACCCUUGACUGCACCGAUGGCGAAGACGAGGAUCCCGCUAUGUGCGGCUUGGACAAAUGCGUCGAAUUCAAGUGUCCGAAUGGCAAGUGCAUCUCGCGCGGUUGGGUGUGCGACGGAGAGAAUGAUUGCGGCGAUCCCAUGGCGAGCGACGAGUUGAACUGCAAUAUUAGUUCCCUGUGUGCCGCCGAUCAUUUUCAGUGUCACAACGGACUUUGCAUUCUGGCAGCGUUUUACUGCGACGGCCAUGACGAUUGUGGCGACGGCAGUGACGAACCUGAAUACUGUCACAGAAGGCCAUGCACCAGUUCACAGUUUCAGUGCAAAAACAAGCGCUGCAUUCCACUGGCAUGGAAAUGUAACGGUUUCGAUGACUGCAAGGACAAAUCAGACGAAGAUUCGGAACUCUGCGGAACCGAAAUCACUGCAACUUGCAAAAGCAGUGAAUACAAGUGCGACAACAUGGUGUGCAUAAACAAAGAUCUGGUCUGUAAUGGUCAGAACGACUGCGGCGAUUGGUCCGACGAAGGCUACAAAUGCAAUAUUGACGAGUGUUCGUUCCUGAAUAAUCCUUGCGACCAUACAUGCGUGAAUGAAAAGAUCGGGUUUUCUUGUGUGUGCAGGCCUGGCUACAAGCUCCAGGACAAUAUGCGUAGCUGUGUUGAUAUUAACGAAUGCAACGAAACAUUCCCAUGUGCGCAGUAUUGUGUAAACCGUGUCGGCAGUUUCGAAUGUAGUUGUGCCCCUGGUUACGCGCUGCAGUUAGACGCAAGGUCAUGCAAGCACGUCGACAAGGUCGAUCCUGAGCUGUUGAUAUCUAACCGGUACUACAUCAAGCGCUAUACGCUUGAUGGUCAUUCAAAGGGCCAUGUUUACAGUAAUUUUUCGAAUGUGGUUGCGGUUGAUUAUGAUCUGUCAGAGGAACGCGUGUAUUGGUCGGAUGUAACGGUUACCGACAGCAAAAUUGGACGCGUAUUUAUAAACGGAAGCGGCUAUCAGGUCCUUCAUUCGCACGGCAUUCGCAACCCGGACGGCAUAGCGCUCGACUGGAUAGCCCGCAAUUUGUAUUGGUGCGACAAAGGAUUCGACACCAUUGAGGUAUCCAAGUUGGAUGGAUCAUCACGGAGGGUCUUGCUCAAAGGUUUGCCAUUGGAAGAACCGCGGGCGAUAGUUCUCGAUCCAAACCCGGAUGCUAGAAUGGAAAUGGACGGUUCAAAUGCCAGGAUCAUUUAUUCUCGUUCCGUCAGGUGGCCUAACGCUCUUACUUUGGAUUUCGUGAUUCGUCGAAUCUUCUGGGGCGAUGCCGGAGAAGAUUACAUCGGCAUGAGCAACUAUGAGGGUAAGGAAGUGCGUAUCGUCCGCUCGGAAGGGAUUCAUCAUAUCUUCAGUCUUACCGUAUUUGAAAGCUUCCUUUACUGGACUGACUGGGAGGCGAGUCGCGUGGAACGAGGUCACAAAUACCACGGCACUAACCAUUCGAUCAUCAUUCGGAGAAUGUCCCAUCGGCCUAUGGGCAUCCGUGUCAUGCAUCCCCUACUGCAGCCGUCACUUUCAGUGAACGCUGCUCACAAUCCGUGUUUGACGUCGCGCUGUAGUAAUCUCUGUUUGCUGAGCUCGUCUUCCAAAAGAGGCUUUACCUGCGAAUGUCCUGACGGUUUCCAGAAGCACGGUGACGCGGAAUGCAUACACAAGUGCAAACCAUCACAAUUCGUUUGUACGCAUACUUUCAAGUGUUUGCCACUUUGGUGGCGCUGCGACGGACAAGACGAUUGCGGCGAUGGUCAAGACGAGAUGUACUUCCUGCCGAACACAUGCCCGCCGUUCAUCUGCAGUCCCGGUCAAUUUCUUUGUCCGAAUUCUUCAGUUUGUAUCCAGCCAGAAGCGAUAUGUGAUGGCAACCUCGACUGUCCUGAUGGAAGCGAUGAACGCAAGGAGAAGGGUCUGGUUGAUUGUAGUUUGUACGAAUGUAUGACGGGCCAAUGGAAGUGUCCAAAUUCAUCGAUGUGCAUUUCACAGAUGAAGGUCUGUGAUGGCGUCAAGGACUGUACGUUCAGUGAGGAUGAGGACAACUGUGAUAAAAGGAAGUGUCCCGCUGACUUCUUCACUUGUACCGAUCAGCAAUCGUGCAUUCCAAAGGUGUGGAUCUGCGAUGGCCAGAAGGACUGUCCUGACGGAAGUGACGAAACAGAAUCAGAUUGUGGAAAUCGUACAUGUUCGGCUAUGGAGUUUCGGUGUGACGAAGGUCGCUGUAUUCCUAAGAGCUGGCGCUGUGACGGAGACAAGGACUGCCGAAAUGGCGAAGACGAGAAAGAUUGCAGCAAUUCCACUUGCACCGGCAGCUACUUUCUUUGCAGCGACGGUCUGUGUAUUCCGAGAGACCGCGUGUGCGAUGGCCGAUCGGAUUGUGCUGAUGAGAUUGACGAAAUGUUCUGCAAUAGUACGUUUACGUGCCGCGAAAAUGAGUUUCGCUGCUUAAACGGCAGCCACUGCAUUUCGCGGCAUCUGUUAUGCGACGGCGAAUUCGACUGUCUAGACGGAAGUGAUGAAGGCCAGGCGGCUGGAUGUUCAGGUGUUAAAGUCGUUACUCGAUGCCGUGAUAGUCAGUUCGCUUGCAAAAAUGGCCGUCAGUGCGUGCCGUUGAUUUGGAAAUGCGACAACGAACCGGAUUGCUCAGACAUGUCAGACGAACUGAAUUGCGUUCUGUUUGAGCGUCGCAGAGUGAAACAUCGGCUUGCGAACAGGGGGUCAAAAGUAUUAGACUAUCGCUCUUAUUUCAGAGAUCGAGAUCGAAUCCUUGUACUUUUCCAGAUAUCAGUUUUUGUUACCGUGGCUGUUUCAGAAGUGAUUUGUCGUCGUGAUGAGUUCCAAUGUACCGAGAUAAAGCAAUGCGUUCGCAGCUCUUGGGUAUGCGAUGGACAGAAGGACUGUCAGGAUGGAAGCGACGAAAACCCUACGUUGUGUGCUGUUCGACCAUGUCCGCCGAGUCAAACUAAGUGUGCCAACGGUGUCUGCUACCCGAGCCAGCUGCGCUGCGACGGUUUCAAGCACUGCGAUGACGGUUCUGAUGAAAUAAGCACUUUCUGUCAGUACAAAUGUGAAUUCAUGUGUGGAAAUGGCCACUGCAUCGGACUAAGGUAUCGUUGCGAUGGCUACGAUGAUUGCGGCGAUGGUUCUGACGAAACCGACUGCGCUCCAAACGCUUGUCUUGAAUUCGGAGUAUGUUCGCAGAAAUGCGAAUUCAGCAAGAUGAACCGACAGCCAAAAUGUUACUGUGAUAGCGGCUACGUUCCCGAGUUGCUGAAUCCAAAACUGUGCCGUGCCUCAGGCGAUAUGCCGAUCCUUUUGUUAUCCUGCAGCAGCGAGAUAAGAUCCCUUGAUCCAUACGCCGAACUUCACUACAAUACGUUUGAAGUUCCGUUUUCACGAAUCACAACACUCAGUUUCUUCGUGUCGCUGUCCACUUCAUCGUCUGCCGGCUCGCCCUUCUAUCUCUACUGGACCGAUUCGCACCAGGGAAAGAUUUUUCGCCGGCGUUUUGAUGAUAUGAUGAAUAUGCAAAGUAACAGCUUCAAACCAAAGUCUCGCCGCGAAAUCGGAACAUUAGAACACGACGACGUCCUGCUUGAUGGACUGAGUCAGCCUACUGGCAUUGCCAUUGACUGGAUCAACGAGAACAUGUAUUGGACCGAUCUCAAGGACUGUUUCAUUGGAAUAUCCGACCUCGUCGGCAAGAUAUCUUUGCGUUUGAUUUUCAGAAACAUCGAAGAGCCGACGAGCAUCGCCGUCGCCCCCGAAAAAGGGCAAAUAUUUUGGAGUGACACUGGUUGGGAGGCUCGCAUAGAAACAGCCUCACUUCGAGGCUUGGAACGGCGCACUCUCGUUGCUAAGAAUGUUCUUUACCCAACGGGACUGGCGAUCGAUCAUGCGAACGAGCGCCUGUUUUGGGCUGACCCAAAAACAGCAUCCAUCGAAACGAUUCGUUUUGACGGGUCCAAUAGACGGGUUGUGAAAACGUUUGUGAUAGGUACUUUUCUAGUCAGCGCCUUCUUCUUUAAGCGCUUUGUUAAUCGUGUUCAAAACUGCAUAGCUUUCCUCAAAUCACAGAUUACGUAAGU